AUGGUGGUGGCAGCCAGGAAAGGGGGGGUGACGGGCUCCCCCCUCCUCAGCAGCCCCCUGCCCAUCACCAGCACGGCUCAGCCAGGGCUCCUGGGGGGCUGGCUCAGCCGGAUCCCACUGCCCAGAUGGGCUCUCAUUGCUGUGGCUGUGGCAGUGGCCAUUCUCUUCCUCCUCUUCCUCAUCUGCAUCAUCAAGUGCUGCUGUUGCAAGAAGAAGCCCAAGAAGAAGGAGAGAGUUGGCUUGCUCCCUGUCAGCAGCUCCACCACGGCCAACCUCGUCCAGCCUGGGCUGGAGGACCUGGAGCAGGGCACGGAGCAGACGUGGCGAGGAAAGCUGCAGUACUCCCUGGAGUACAACUUCCGUGCACACGAGCUGAAAGUUGGUGUGAAGCAGGCAGCUGACCUGAAAGCCAUGGACAGUGGAGGCACAUCUGACCCAUAUGUGAUUGUCUACCUGACGUCUGACACGACAAAGAGAUACGAGACCAAGGUUUACCGCAAGACCCUCAACCCCAUCUUCAACGAGAGCUUCACCUUCCAGGUACCCCAGGCAGAGGUUCCUGAAUCCACGCUGGUGAUGCAGCUCUACGACUUCAAUCGCUUUGCCAAGCACGACAUCAUCGGGGAGGUCCGGCUGCCCCUGGCCAAAGUCAACCUGCAGCACGUCACCGAGCAGUGGAGUGACCUAGCAGCAGCCAGCAAGGUGGAGGAGGAGCAGCUGGGUGAGAUCUGCUUCUCGCUGCGCUACGUGCCCAGCACGGGCAUGCUGACUGUGCUCAUCCUGGAAGCCAAGAAGCUGAAGAGGAUGGACUCCCAUGGGCUUUCAGACCCUUUUGUCAAGGUGCAUCUCAUCCUGAACAGGAAGAAAUGGAAGAAGAGGAAGACAAGUGUGAAGAAGAACACCCUGAGCCCUUACUUCAACGAGGUCUUUGUUUUUGAGGUGCCUUUCAGUCAGAUCCAGAGCGUGGACGUGGUCAUCUCCGUCUGGGAUCACGACAAGGUGACGAGGGACGAGCCCAUCGGCAAGCUGGCGCUGGGCUGCCGAGCCACGGGCAACCAGCUGCGGCACUGGUCGGACAUGCUGGCCAACCCCCGCCGGCCCCUCGCCCAGUGGCACAGCCUGCAGCCCCCCGACGUGGUGGACAGAGCCCUGGGCUUGAAGCCCCACCUGCGGCUGCCCCUGACCUCCAGAUAG